AUGGCCGCACAGCACCCCAACAUGUUUGCCAGCGCAGACCUGGGGCACUAUGUAUGGCCCCCAGUGUCCGUGGAUGAGUAUACCGCCGAUCUACUGACGAUAAACACCAUGAAAGGUCUGUAUCGGGUCAGGCGGUUGCCCUUCGGCAUCAAGUGUGCCACAGCGGUGUUCCAGAGACUGAUGGAAACCUUACUAGCAGGGAUAGAAGGAGUCGCGGUGCUGUUAGACGUCAUCCUCAUAAUGGGAGCGACCGCUGAGCAACACUGGCAGCGGGUCAACCAGGUCCUGGGUCGGUUGCCGUUGAAGGUUACGGAAGUCCAAGUGCCCACUGCGGGAGACGUGUUGAUGUUGGAGGCAUUGCCAGAUCCCCCAAUUGAAGCAGCCAGGAUUCCUGCACUGACAGAGGCAGAUCCAGUAUUGGGUGCGGUCAAGAAGUAUUGCGGUGGUGGCUGGCCACAGAGUGGCGCAGUGGCUGAUGAGCUCCGCCCGUACUGGACACGAUGGGACGAGUUGUCCCUGUACAAGGGGUGUAUCCUUUGGGUCAGCCGAGUAGUUAUCCCCUCAGCGCUAAGGCAGGAGCUGUUAGUAGUGCUCCACGCAGCUCACAAUGGCGUGGUGAAAUCAAAGGCAAUAGCACGCAGCUACAUGUGGUGGCCGAAGAUGGAUGACGACAUUGAGAGAAUGAUAGGGCUGUGCCAGAAAUGCCAACAGUCACGGGCCAAUUCACCCCAACGUGUACUCGCUAGUUGGGAACCAGAAACCAAACCAUGGGCCAGAGUACACAUAGACUUUUUUGGGCCGUUCCAGGGCAAGGUUUUCCUUCUCGCUGUUGAUGCCUACUCCAAGUGGCCGGAAGUCAGAAUAGUAAGGUCUGCAUCAUCAGCAUGUGUGGUGCACGAACUGCGGGACAUUUUCAGCAUUCAAGGGAUUCCUGAAUGUUUGGUCUCUGACAACGGAUCCGCGUUUGUGUCAAGCGAGUUGGGAGUGUUCGCACGGAAAAAUGGUAUCUGGGUAGUGCGUACAAUACCCUUUCACCCAUCUAGUAAUGGGCAGGUAGAACGCAUGGUCCAGACGGUCAAAGGGAAACUUAAAAAGGGGGGCAUGGGUGACUGGCAGACCCGGCUAGCACGAACAUUGUUCGCACUGCGUACCACCCCAGUCACUGGAAGUCACAAGACACCAGCUGAUCUGCUCAUGGGUCGUGCCCUUAGGACAGCUUUGGACCUGAUUCAACCGAACCCCAGCAAGUCGCCCUCAGUACAGCCAGCAGCUGAGCGCCAUAGCAGACACUUCAAGGCAGGGGACACAGUGUGGUACAGGGCUUACUACAGGAAUGCCAAGUGGUUGCCUGGGACAGUACUAAGCGCACAGGGUCACCAGAUAUUUAUAGUCAAGGACGACAUCGGAGGAGAGCAUAGGCGCCACAAGGAUCAAAUCAGGCACAGGGUGCCCAGAGGAUCGGCUGAGACAGAUGGGCACCUGCCUGCGAGGGGAGGGCCCAAUGAAGCAAUCGAGAAAUGUGCCGCGGUCCAGGUUCCACCUAGGGGAGAGCAGCCCAAGGGUGAGCACGGCACUUGCAGCACCCAUGACAGGCGGCAACAGACAGCAGUAGAAGACACCGCAAGCUGCGAGGAUGACACAAAACCCUUUCGGGGAUUCAAGACGAUUGAAACCAUUGGCAGCGGUACCAGCUACGUGGAACAGCUCAUCCAGCCAUCCAUCGAGAGGGAUCCAGCCAGCAUCUGCAUCAGGGGAGGACCAGCGUUGGGAGAGCCCAUCACGGAAUGGGAGCACAAAGGCGCCAGUGACUCUGGGAGUGACAGUGCACGGCUCGCCCAGGAUCCGGAACCAUCGGAGAGUGACCAGGCGGCUGGAGCACGACCUUACCCACAGAGAAUCAGCCACCGACCCAAGAAGUGGGAGGACUAUGUACUUUACCACUAG